GAAUUCAGUCGUCAAUAAAACACGUGAGAGAAAGUCGUGUUACGGUGCUGGUUAGAAUUUAGAUUUUAGUGAAAUAUCCCAAAAUGGUAUAAAUUAUGAUAUAAAAAAAAUUUAAUCUUCGGAUAUUUCAUCUAAAAUGCCAGAUGAAAACAAGUUUGCCAUGGACUCCCAAGCAGUGUGCUUGCAGCAAGGAAAAAGUGAUAGAACCUCUCAGCAACAGCAACAGACAAAAGUUUUCCUGCUGAAGUGGCCCAGUGAAACACAGCUGAUACUUCCAGAAACACACCCAUGUGAUGAUUUCCUUCUUACCGAGCACAAUAACUCUAUUCAACCUACUACCAAUCUCUUUAUCUUUGAUUCAUCUAGCUCAAAGGCUUUCCCGUUAUAUAUCAGUAGUUCCUUUUACACUUCAAACAGCAGUCCCAUGGGUUUUCCCAUUAUUUCAGUAACCGAAAACACAACUUACCCAAAUAGCAAUCCUGCUGGAAAAGUCACAAAUCCUGAUUAUGUCUUCACAUUUUCCCAGUCUGAUGUCACUUCUUUUUCAUCUCAAAAUAUUGUGAAUCACGAAGAAAAAUCCAAUAGGAAAUUCGUCGUUCCACCUGCUGAGGCAUCUCCAUCUUUUUAUGAUCAAAGCCUUUUAAAAUGUUUACGCAAGGAAAGUGACGAUGAAAGCAUGUUUUCUAUAUUCAGUCAAGAGAAAAGUAACACCUUUCAAAACAUUGACUCUCCUGCUCACUACACGGAACCGUUUGACAUGUCAUUUCUAUUAAAUCAGAAUUUACGCACCGAAACUCCGAUACCGUCCCUUAUUCCCAUACAUGAGAAGUCAUUCCAAGAAAUGCCUUUCACUGCGAAUCUCAUAAGGGAGAAUGCAUUAUCCAUUGACAUGUUUCCUAAGCCCUGUCCUACUUUAAUGCCUUCGAUGGAAGAUUACGACACAAGGAUAGCAGCUCUCGCACCGGAUGCUAUUUUAUUGUUCAGCGAACAAAUGCGCAAGCACGUGCAACUUCUCACUCAGAUGCAUCUAAUCACAGCUCAACAAUCUACUUUGGUUUCCGUAACGGAAGAGUGUCGUUCCAUGCUGCAAGAUCUCCUUCCACUCAAGCAAAACAUGGAAAUCGCCAAUUUAGAUGAAGCUCUGGAUUUAGUGACUUAUUGGGAGACUAAUGUAACCAAGACCUCACCUGAAACACUCUUUAAAUUUGAGAGGACUGUAGUCACAUCUGGAGAAAGGAAGAAAUUUGUUAAGCGCUCGAGUAAACAUCCUAAUCGCUACCCAUUCAAUCCCACAAUGGUCAAAUUGAUGGCGGAAAGUCGCGUAUUCAUCUACCCCGAGUUACUUCCUACACUUGCCAUCUUCCAAUCAGAACCAGGUCCUUGCAAGAUGUCGCUACAUGAAGAGCAGCUGAUUGCAAUGGGUAUGGAACAGUUCACUCCUUAUUGUACCGAGCUUUUAAACGACGAUGCCAAGGUGUCUUCAAAAGAAAAUCUGGUUUAUACGAUGAUUUCUCACUACAUGCUGCCUCACUGGACCGCCAAACAGAUUGCAACUCGCAUCAAGAAUAAAUCUUUUAACAACAAAAGGAACAAAAAUGAAUCGAAUCCCAUCAAAUAUUAUCGGACAAAUAAAGUGGCCCCGCCCAUACAUCAUGUUGUCCAACCGUUUGAUCGCUACACGACAAAGAGGCUAUGCGAUGUCCCAAUAUCGUUGUUACCGGAACGUUGGCAAGAGUUGUUUUCGAAACCUAAUGCUGCAGGUAAACGACCAUUGGAACCUAUCACCCAUCAGGGACAGCCUAGAACAACCGCUGGGAUUAACCAACAAGACGAAGCUCAUCCAAUAGUGAAACGACGUCGAGUGCUUGGGGAAUUAAUUAAUUAUGAUUAGGAAAAUAUUCGUACCGUCUUAGUAUAUCUGGGGAAAUCCCCCAGAGACACCGUUCUCCCCAGAUUCAUAUUAUUUUAUGAUUUAUUUUACUCUUUCCGAUCGACUUGAUAACUGGAUGCACCGACCAACAUUUCCCGGUGCUGUGGUUGGCCACCAUCUCCUACAAGAAGAAAUCUUGCCAGUAUUCCGUUAACACUUGGAAGUGAAACUAGGCAGCAUAGCUGUAAUAAAUUUGACGCAAAGACAA